AUGGAGAAAGUUCUAAUUUGUUUCAUAUUCUUAUUUUUCAUCUCCAUCCAAAAAACAAAUUCCCUUCUUAUAUUUAGAAAUUUUAACAUUGAAAUUUCAAAUCAUCUUGCAAAUAACAAUAAACUUAUGGUCAACUGUAGAUCUGGCACAGACAAAUCGACGAAAGUUACUUUUCUUCCCUCCAAUACUGAAUGGAUAAUCAAAUUCAAAGUAUUUCCAAGAACUUUGAUAUGGCGCAACUUAUGGAAGGGACCUAAUUAUGAGCAGCAUGCAACGUUUAACGCAUUUAUCGGGAAAGAAAGUUUUAUACAUAACAUAUGUGGGGGUAGAAAACCGAACGUAUGUUUCUGGCAAGCGCAAAAAGAUGGAAUAUAUGUACGAAAUAAUGCAGCGGGAACUUUUAAGUUUAUGUAUAAAUGGGAUACAAAGGAUUUGACAAAUAUAUGAUUUAAUUAAAUACAUUUUUCUCUUAAGAAAUAUUAUUAGUUUGUCAA